GCACAUCAAGCCAUCAAAGAACUUUGUGAUGAAAAUGUACUCGGUUCCCUACACAAAGGAGGAGAUGGAGAAAGAUUUCAAGGCAUUCUUUCAGGUUUCAUUUGAAGAGGGAUCUUUUUUUGAAAGAUUUUUUAAAGUAUUUGAAAGUAUGAAAAGAAUCACUAAAUUGGAGGUCUCCAGCUGUGAACAUCUCCUGCAAAACAAAGAGCUCAUCAGGUACCUUGAGGAGAGUAAGUCUGAUGCUGUCCUUACAGACCCAUUUCUACCCUGUGGGGCCAUCCUGGCUGAGCAUCUUUCCCUUCCUUCCAUGUAUUUCUUACGAGGAGUCCCAUGUGGGUUAGAUUUUGAAGCCACUCAGUGUCCCAGGCCCCCUUCCUAUGUGCCCAGGAUACUUACAGACCUUACAGACCGCAUGACCUUUCUCCAGCGGGUGAAGAACCUUCUCUUUGACAUCCCAAAUAUUUUCCUCUGUGAUUUUGUCUUUCAAUCCUACUCAAAACUGGCUUCCGAGUUCCUGCGGCGGGAGGUGACUGUGCUGGAUCUUUUACGCAAGGGCUCUGUUUGGCUCCUGAGGUUAGAGUUUGUGCUUGACUACCCAAGGCCUUUGAUGCCCAACAUCAUUCCAAUUGGAGGAGUAAACUGUGCUCACAAGGAGCUACCACAGGUGGUCUGGUUUUAAUCCAUGCCCUGAUGG